CAGGCUUCAGCUGACGAGAGAAGCAUUCAGCAGAACCUCGAGCCCCCGUUCCAGCUCGAGUGUCGUCAGGCCUCGAGGUCGAGGCUGGAUCCAGGCUCUGCCAAUGCACUGACAUUGGCAUGGCCUGCUCGCAUUUCAGCUUUGCUCAGGAAGCUCGCAGAACCUCCGGUCUCGAGAAACUCCGAGGCUCGGAGGGUUUGUUGUGGCGAUUUGCGUGGAUGCGAUUGGGGAUGGAGAGUUUUGGUUUUGGGAUCUGCACCGACAGUUAUGAUGAGGAGAUGUCAAACUUUUCGACCGUCUCUUGUCGAAAUGUCUUUCCUCUUUCGUGAAUUUCCGUCGACUCUCUUCGUUUGAAAUCGGGCGUCGGCAGACUUUUGGAGAGAGUGGAGAUUUUUUUUCUCUGAUUCUGAUUCCGAUUUGUCGGUCUACGCCCAGCUUGUUUGCUCUUGGGGAUUCACGGAUUCCCAUUGCCUUCUCGUCCACAAACUUGGCCUUGUUGCUUUCGUCUCUGAUUUCUCGAUCUGUGGAUCCCGGUCGGCGUUUACUGCGAUUUCGCCGUCAUCCGUUUUCGACGACAGGAAGAUGUGGAUCCAGGCAACAUUCUUCUUUUGUUUCACGUUGCUUUUCGUGUGGGUGGUGGGAGUGCUGUAGUUGGAUGUUGUCUGGAGCCAAUUACGGAAGCUCGAGGGAUCUUCAUCAGAAAGAACCGUCGAUUGAGCGGUGGCUAGACCUUUGAUGAAGGCGAUAUCGUGGAUCGUUGCCGUAGUUGCGAAGUGGUGGCCUUGGGAUUCGAGCUUUGCAAGGGUUGAGGGUUGAGGAUUCACGAUGGUAGGUUUAGACACAGGUGUGGUGUAUCCUCCGCCGAAGCCUCCUUCUUGUAAGGGCGGCGUCUCCAAUGAACAUUCAGGCUGCGCCGGAAGUGCUCAUGGCGUCUCAACGCGAACCACGUACAAGACGGUUGCCAAAACAAGUGAAGUCGAUGAUCAAUUGUUCGCUGCCAAGGGGCAACAAUUUCACAACGAGCACAUGGAGAACAUCCAGUAUCUGCAGGGCCUACAGAAGCACAACAAGCCUUGGUUGUCUCCACCUGAGCCUCCGCUCAGCCGAAAGGAUUUCGUGCCUAAUGCUGAGAAAUGGAAGAAGCAUCAAUCAAAGACAUCCGCUUACACUCCGGAGGACUCAGACACUGUCAUAAUCACCAAAGAUGACAUGGAGAAAAUCAAGGAGAGGUCAGUCAUACUGACCGAGGAACAAAGGCUUGCUUUGAAGAAGCAUAAGGAGGCAGAGAGAGAUAGAAUUCACGCUGUAGCCAAUCAGAGGAAGCAAAUGAUGUUGAAGAUGGAAGCUGAACGGAGGAAGAAAAGUGGCAGAUUGACUGAUGCCGAGAUUCUUCGAAUGCAGAACGAGGACAGGACAAAAGCUGAGGCCCUCAGACAGAUGGAGGAAAAUCUGGAUGAUGCGAAGUUGAUGAAUCGCAUGAUGAACUAUGCCAGAUGUGUCACGAUUCGUGAUGGACAACUCCAUGAAAAGGGAGACAAGGAGAGAUGGGAAGAGCAGGACAAGAUGAGAUGGCAUCACAUCAUGGAGAUGUCGAGGGUGCAAAAGAUCAAGGAGCAUGACACGGCUGAGGCCAGGAAGAAGUAUUUUCGAUAUGAAGGAGCCGCAGUCAUUCGCAAGCAGAUGGCAGAAAACGAAUCGAUGCGGAAAAUAAAUGAGGAAAUUAAAGAGCAAGAAGGGAGGAAAAUCAGACGCGAGUCUGAGCGUAUGCUCAAAGAGGAUCAAGACAUAGCAGAAGCAAAGCGUAUUGCAGGAAGAAAACUCCUCAUAGAAAUUCUGAAGGCGAAUGACGAUGCUCAAGAAGCGAGAAUCAAGGCCAAAGAGUUUGAGAAGGAAGAAGAAGCAAGGCGUCAGGUCUAUGUCCACGAGAAGGAGAAACGAGAUUUGGCGUACCAAGAAGCUCAGGACAAAAUAAAGAAGGAGAGGGAGAUGGAGACUGCAAGGCUUCGAGCAUUGCAAGAGAGGGCACAGGACAAACAGGCUGUGAUAGAUGGAGUUCGAGCACUGAGGGUCCAGGAAGAGCACGAACGAGAAUGGAGGGAGAAAGAGCGAGCUGAAGCAGAAAAGAUCAGACUCAUGUACGAAGAUCUAGCGAGAGCCCGUGAAGAGCAGAAGAUCUACAAACUGAAACUGCUUGCAGAUCAGGCCCAGGAGGAGCAGAUAGCCUACUACCGAAUUGCCCAAAGCCAGAAAGCAGCUUUGAUAGAGGCCAGAAGGCAAGCUGAGGCUGCUCACGAGGCAAAUAUAAAGAAUAAAGAGGCGGUCAUCAAACAAAUCGAACAGAAUGCAGAGAAGCGCGCUCGAGCAUUCAGAGAGAAGUUUGAAGAAGGUGAGAGGUUGAGGCAGCAGAUCAGAGUUGAGAAGCUCCGAUUGGAGGACAUCAAAGAGCGCAAGUUGAAAGUACUGGCGAAAGAAGGGGUGCCUCCCAAAUACCAAGUCGAGCUUGCCAAACACAAAAUUGUCAUCCACUAGUUUUCUAUCCGCGAUUUCCACCUCUCCGCCAGAACGUUCAGAACGAAGCUCGUUGAUGAUCCGUAAAUAUUUAUUCGUCCGUUAUUCCUUCACGAUCCAAACCUUCGUGCAAGGUGAUGAGUUGGGUAAGAUAAGUACUGCAGUGCUCUCUCUCGUGCUUUUGAUCAUGCGCAACGGGAAACAUUUUAACGGAAGCUAGGCAGGACACAUAUGGUUGUUGUUGGAGGCACACUUGAGUAGGAUACCCUCUGGCAAACCUGUAGGCUUGACUCACUGGAAGUUCCCAUGUUUCCUUCCUCCUCCUAUCGUAUCAUGAUAUGGGAGGACUGUUAUUCUACAGGGCAAUGGAGAUGGAGAUUUUCUCAAGCUUUCAAAACAUGUUUUGUCCCACUGUCUGAAAUCUGAUUGCAAGGAUCAUAUCGUGUGACGUCAGUAUUGCACAUCUACUAUGAUCUGCAACUUGUGCUGACUACAGUUCCUCGGAUUUGGACGAUACAAAAGGCUCAGGACGUCACAAAGCGUCUUUUGCACAAUUCUCUGCAAAUCU